AUUUCCGGCGUCCAGUCCCCGCCCCGUUCCUGUCUGUAAACCGCGGAUAUUUGAAAAUAACGGCUAGUUUAAUACGCCAAACAUAAAGAGUUAGCCAACAGCGGCAUAUUAUAACAUUGUCUAACAUCCAGUAACCAUGAUGUCCAUCACUGAUCCAAGCAUGAGUGACAGAUUCACCAGUGCAAUGGAGGAGAUCCACAACAAACAGCUCAAACGAUAUGGUGAAAUAAUCGAUGCCACCACAGAGCUGUGCCAGUCUCACAGACAGUUUGUCAAGUCUGCACUUGAUUCCUGUUCAAAGAAAUGCAAGGAUGACGAGAUACUGUUUGAGACAAUACAUACAUUCAAAAAAGACUUGGAACAAAAAAACGCAUCACUGAAGGAGAAAUGGCAUGCUGUUUCCGAAGUCAUGUCUGAAAUACAACAGAAGGAGAUGCAUAAAGACGACCUUAUCCAGAAAAUAGAGAAACUUAAAGAAGAGCAAGCCAAGAGAAAGGAGUUAAUCCAUUCACAAAACAGAGUAAACAAAGACAGACUGAAGAAUCUAGGGAAAGCCAGACUAGUCUUUCAGGAACAUUUGGGGCUGGAGGUGCGAACAAUCCUUGGCAAAUCACAACUGGUUAAAGGUGAAAAGUUGCAGUUUGUUUUCCGGAAUAUCAACCCAUCAGAUCAGGACAGCGCCUACGUUGUCACAAUGGGAAUUAAAGCAGAUGGAUGUUAUCAGAUUGUGUCGAGUGACCCUCCCCUCGAGUGUUUGCCAGUCUUUGAGAGUCGGCUUCAGGAGACCAAUAACCUACCUGCAUUCCUGGCAAACAUCAGGAAGGAGUUUAUCGCUCUGGCACGGUGCUGAGAGUGGACAGGUUUUUCUCCAGUCGGGACACACCAUAUUAGCAGUAAUGGAGAACAUAACAGCCUCCAUGCAUUCAGCUAAAAUAUCUCAAUUGCCCCCUUGUGGCUGGCUACAGUAUGAGGACUGAUUUUACUUUUAGAGGCUGAAAAUGGCAUACAGUUGACAUAAAAUAAAAUAUUUAAAAAUA